CAAAACUUAUGUAGCUAAAUAUUUUCGCAAUUUUGUAAUGGAAGAACGUGAAAGGGCUUAAGUGAAACUUGUUUUAAACGUAUUACAAGUUAAAGGAAAUACAAUAAAUUCGAUUAAUUCAAAAUGAGUACGAUAUUAGAAAAAAUCGCUUCCAUCGAAGCCGAGAUGGCUCGUACUCAAAAAAAUAAAGCUACAUCUGGCCAUUUAGGAUUAUUAAAAGCAAAACUUGCUAAACUGAGACGAGAACUUAUAACUCCUAAAGGUGGUGGUGGUGGUGGGGAACAAGGAUUUGAAGUAGCUAAAACUGGUGAUGCUAGAAUAGGUUUUGUUGGCUUUCCCUCUGUGGGUAAAUCUACAUUAUUGAGUACUCUUGCUGGUGUCUAUUCUGAAGUUGCAGCAUAUGAAUUUACAACUCUCACUACUGUACCGGGUUGUAUAAAGUAUAAGGGUGCAAAAAUACAGUUGCUGGAUCUCCCUGGUAUCAUAGAAGGUGCAAAAGAUGGUAAAGGUCGUGGAAGACAAGUUAUUGCAGUUGCUAGAACUUGCAGUUUAAUAUUCAUAGUCCUGGAUGUGUUGAAACCACUUGGACAUAAGCGUUUAAUUGAACAUGAAUUGGAAGGCUUUGGAUUAAGAUUGAACAAACAUCCACCAAAUAUUAAUUUUCGAAAGAAGGAUAAAGGUGGCAUUAAUUUUCAGACUACGUGCAUACAAUCGGAACUGGACUUAGAAACAGUGAAAACUAUUCUAUCCGAGUACAGAAUUCACAAUGCAGACAUUACUUUGCGAUACGACGCCACAUCCGACGAUCUGAUCGAUGUUAUCGAGGGAAAUCGCGUCUACGUACCGUGUAUUUAUUUGCUCAACAAAAUAGAUCAAAUUAGUAUCGAGGAAUUAGAUAUUAUUUACAAAAUACCACACUGUGUACCUAUUUCUGCUCACCACAAAUGGAAUUUUGAUGACCUGCUGGAAAAAAUGUGGGAUUAUUUGCAGCUGGUUAGAAUCUAUACAAAACCCAAGGGUCAACUUCCGGAUUAUAAUUCUCCCGUAGUAUUAAACAGAGAGAAACGGACAGUCGAAGACUUUUGUAAUAAACUUCAUCGAUCAAUCGCGAAAGAAUUUAAAUAUGCUCUCGUGUGGGGAUCGUCUGUCAAGCAUCAACCACAAAAAGUUGGAAAAGAUCACGUAUUAUGCGACGAAGAUGUCGUGCAGAUUGUGAAAAAAGUGUAAUUUUAUCGGAGA